AUGGCCACUCAUAACUCACAGCCCUUCCAAGAUGGCGUCCUACCCUCCCCCAAAGCCUUCCUCCAAGUACCCAUUGCUGUCGUUGGGAUGGCCUGUCGUCUCCCCGGCCACUCUACCACUCCAAAGAAGCUCUGGGACUUCCUCGAACGGGGCGGUAUUGCCUCCAACGACACACCCUCAACGCGCUUCAACCUCGCCGCACAUCACGAUGGUUCCAAGAAACCCAAGACGAUGCGCACGCCCGGCGGCAUGUUCAUCGAGGAAGCCGACCCGCGGGAUUUUGAUGCCGGGUUUUUCGGUAUCUCAGGAGCCGACGCGGCGGCUAUGGAUCCACAGCAACGGCAGCUGAUGGAAGUUGUAUAUGAGUGUUUGGAGAAUUCGGGCGUGCCACUUGAGAAGCUUUAUGGGGCACAGGUCGCGUGUCAUGUAGGCUCUUAUGCCGUUGAUUACGAUGCGAUACAGGCUCGUGAUCCUGAGGAUCGGGCGCCAGGAGCAGUUGUUGGUAUCGGGCGUGCGAUGUUGAGUAACCGGAUCAGCCAUUAUUUCAACUUCAAGGGGCCUAGUAUGACGAUAGACACUGCCUGCUCUGGGAGUUUGGUUGGUCUGGAUGUGGUAUGCCGUUAUCUUCAUACCGGGGAAGUGGAUGGCGCCAUCAUUGGUGGAGCGAACAUGUACUUUAGCCCGGAGCAUAACCUCAACACUGGUGCUAUGAGCGUCGCGAACUCCCUUUCCGGUCGCUGCCAUACCUUCGACGAGAAGGCAGACGGGUAUUGCAAGGCGGAGGCAAUCAACUGCGUUUAUUUGAAGCGACUUAGUGACGCGGUACGCGAUGGAGACCCUAUUCGCGGAGUCAUUCGAGGCAGCGCGACCAACAGUGAUGGCAACACGCCCGGUAUCGCCAGUCCCAACUCCGCAGCUCAAGCAGCCGCUAUUCGGUCUGCUUACGCCCACGCGGGGAUUACGAAUCUGAAUGACACCAGUUACCUGGAGUUUCACGGGACAGGAACUCAGGCGGGAGACCCUCUUGAGGCGAGUGGUGUAUCGUCAGUGUUCAGCCCGACUAGGAAGCCGGAGGCGCCACUAUAUAUUGGCUCAGUCAAAAGUAACAUUGGUCAUUCGGAGCCGGCUGCGGGAAUCAGUGGAUUGAUCAAGGCUGUCUUGAGCAUUGAGAAAGACCUGAUUCCUGGAAACCCGACCUUCAUUACCCCCACCCCAAAGAUCGAUUUCGAAGGUCUCAAGGUGCAAGCCAGUCGGGCAAACCGCCGCUGGCCAGUCGCUCCAUUCAAGCGUGCAAGCGUGAAUUCCUUUGGUUACGGGGGAUCAAAUGCACACGUCAUUGUCGAGGAGCCUAAAGUCCUCCUGCCUCAUAUUGAGAGCACAUAUGUUUCCUCGUACCAGGCUGAAGCUGACCUAUUUGCUGACGAGGAGGAGGCCUCUGUAGGCCAGCCCCAACUUCUUGUACUAUCUGCAAACGAUGAAGCAUCCCUUCGUGCAAGCGCGACGGCGUUGAAGAAUCAUCUGACCAACCCUAAUGUCAAAGUUUCGCUAGAAGAUCUUUCGCAUACGCUCUCAGAACGUCGGUCGCACCAUUUCAACCGCGGCUAUCUGAUCACAGAUAAAGUUUUCAUCGAUGAAAGUUCUCUUGUGGUUGGUAAGAAGUCUAUCACUGAGCCCCGUGUAGGGUUUAUCUUCACUGGCCAGGGAGCUCAAUGGCCCCAAAUGGGCAAAGCAAUUAUCGACACGUUCCCCGAAGCUCGCGAAAUCGUUGUUGAGCUUGACAAGUUCCUCCAGGACAGCUCACUUCCUCCAUCAUGGUCUCUCUUGAGUGAACUGAUCGAACCGCGCGGGGCAGAACAUCUCCGCCAGCCAGAAUUCUCCCAGCCUCUGGUCACUGCUCUCCAGAUUGCCUUGGUCGAUAUCUUUAAGAAAUGGGGGGUAUCGCCAAAGACUGUCGUCGGUCACUCCUCGGGUGAAAUUGCUGCCGCGUACGCAGCAGGCCUGCUUUCCAAGAAAGCAGCCAUCAGGGCAGCUUACUACCGUGGUCAAGCUGCUGCCUUGGCUGGAAUAAUUGCCGAGGGCCCAGCGUCUCAGGUACAGCAGCAUCGGCAAGCAUGUGGUAUGUUGGCUACUGGUAUCGGUGCCGAAGAGAUCACCAAUUACCUUCAGGGUUUGGGGCAGAGCGUGCAGAUUGCUUGCUACAAUAGCCCGAGCAGUUUGACACUCUCCGGUACCAUGGAGGGUCUCACCAAGGUGCAGAAGCAAUUGACUAAGGAUAGCAAAUUUGCCCGAAUGCUACAAGUCAAUGUAGCCUACCAUUCGACCUUCAUGGAUGAGAUCAGUCAUGGCUAUACGGAUCUGCUGGCCAAGGACUUUGAGCACCUUCCAUUUAAAGAGGGUGCUGUACGAAUGUUCUCAUCUGUGACAGGAAAGCAAUUGACUGGACCCACAGACUCCGACUACUGGAAGUCGAAUAUGGUCUGCCCUGUCCGCUUUGACGCCGCUCUGACAAACAUGUUGACAGGCAGCGAUGCUCCCGACUUCCUUAUCGAGCUUGGUCCUGCUGGUGCUCUGAAGGGCCCGACUUUGCAGGUCUUGAAGAGUCUCGGGAGCAUCAAGACUCAAUACACUAGCGCCAUGGCUCGUGGUGCAACAGACAUGAAGUCCAUUUUCCAAGUUGCCGGAUCUCUUCACAUCGCUGGUGGCAAGGUCAGCCUGAACCAGGUUAACAAAAUUGAAGGCGUGAACCCAAAGGUGGUGGUUGAUCUGCCAAAUUAUUCGUGGAACCACUCGACAAAGUACUGGUACGAGAGCGAAGCAUCAAAAGAUUGGCGCAAUAGACUCUUCCCGCCGCAUGACUUGCUUGGUAGCAAGGUCCUCGGAAGCCCAUGGCAAUCACCAGCUUUCAUGAGAUCUUUGAACGUGCAGGACCUGCCAUGGAUUGCUGACCAUAAGAUGGGUCCCGACAUAGUCUUCCCAGCUACUGGUUAUAUCUCCAUGGCGAUCGAGGCUAUUUACCAGAGAUCCGACGCCUUACAUAUCCUCGAAGGCGGGAAGAAGGUUGAGAACCCUCGGUACCGUUUGCGGAACGUGCAGUUUAAGAAGGCGCUCGUAUUGCCAGACAACCAAUCUACCCGGAUGUCGCUGAGCUUGACUGCCCACACUGGCGUUGGUGACUGGUUUGAGUUCAGGGUAUCUUCACUUUCUGGCACAAUGUGGACUGAACACGUGCGUGGCUUGAUCCGAAUCGACGAGGACAUUCCUCAAGUGGCCUCUGCUGAAGACACCAAGCCUCUUGAGCAUCCAGUCGAGGCAGGACUAUGGCACAAGGCUAUGCUCGACGCCGGAUAUAGCUUUGGUCCCAAGUUUCUCAAGCAAGUUCAAGUUGAAGCACGUACAGGAGCGCGGACUAGCAGAUCAGUCUUGGAGCUAGAAGUACCCGAGUCCAAGUACCCACAGUCCAAGUACCCCAUGCAUCCCGCUGCCAUGGAUGGAUGCCUUCAGACUUGCGCGCCGUCUCUCUGGAAAGGAAACCGCCAUGCGAUCAACGCUGUUCUUGUUCCUGCGAUGAUCGACAGUCUGGUCAUAACCUCCUGCAAGGCUGAUCGCGGUCUCUCGCUGACCUCCGCUGCUUAUGUCGGUCUUGGUCGUCCCACCGACAACAAGAACUACAUGUCCGACGCGAGGGUAUAUGACCCUAAGACUGGCAGCCUCCUCUUGCAUUUGUCUGGCCUCCGCUAUACUAGAAUUGAUACUGGCCCAAGCGUGUACGAUGCCCAUACUUUCAGCGCCGUGGUCUCUAAGCCUGACGUCUCUUUCCUCUCCACCCGGAGCUUGCAACAACUAGCCGAGAAGGAGCAAGAUUCACAGGACCCCAGUGUAGGCGUCGCAGGCGAGAUAAUCAAGCUCGCCGCUCACAAGAAGCCCACCCAGCGUGUUCUCGAACUCAAUUUUGUUCCUGGAGUAAGCCAGAGCGUAUGGGCCAGCUCCAUUGCGGGUCAAGACAUCAUUGGCAAAACCUAUCGCCAGUUCGUCUAUCGUCUCACAGACCCGAAGGCCCUCGUUGAGGCCGGCCAGCAAUACACAUCUGAGAAGAUGGAGGUCUCCCUGUUCGACCCUGGAAACAUUGCUUCUGCCGAGGAUGAAUUCGAUUUUGUUGUGGUCCGUCUGUCACCAGCAGCGGUAAAUGUCGAGCAGGUGGCAAAACAACUCAAAAAUGUCGUCAAGAAGGGUGGCCAAGUUCUCUUCCUUCGCCAUCGCGCUGUUCAGCAUAGUGAGGACAUUAUUAAUGGAGAAGCUGAGAAAUUCGACAACGGCUCGUACGCUGACCUGCUCAAAUCCGCUGGCUUGAACUUUGCCGGCCACUUGGCAUUUGCAGAGAGCAACGAGUUCGCAAGUCUGAAUCUUUCUUGUGUACAGGCUGAGGCUGAUUGCACCAGUAAAGAGGUUUCAAUCUACCAGUUCUUGGAGCGGAGCACCUCGGCACCUAAGCUCAUUGCCGCACUGAAGGCACGCGGUUGGAAUGUUACCACUUAUGGUGCCGGUGAGGCCGGCAAAGCUCCCAAGCGUUUGCUAGUGCUCGAUGAGCUUGAUGCAGCAUUAUUGCCAACCCUAUCAUCUGAGCAAUGGGAAUCAUUGAAGAGUCUGCUUGCUUUGGAUAAGCGCAUCCUCUGGGUGACCACUGGGUCGCAGACCUGCGUCUCGAGCCCCAACAAAGCUAUGAUUCAUGGAUUAGGUCGCACUGUUCGUGCCGAGGAUCCUUUGGUUCAACUAACAACCUUGGAUGUCUCCGGUAGUUCGACAGAGGCUACAUUGGAGUCAGUGGAGACCAUUCUCGAGAGAUUGGGCCAGCCCGAAGUAUUCAACCACGUUGACAGCGAGUUUAUUGAGCGCAAUGGAUUGAUUUACAUAAACCGUAUCCAGCCAGAUGAUCAAGUCAAUGCUGCCGCAAGUGAGAAUUUCCAGGGCUCUGAGCUGGUCAACCAGUCUCUGCACGAUUCGCCCAAUAUGAUCCGCUUGCGGUGCGAGCGUGUUGGAACGACAGAUUCUCUUAUCUACUCCGAGGUCGCACCCCACGAGCUACCGCUGGAUGACAACAAGGUUGAAGUCGAAGUCUAUGCUGCCGGACUAAACUAUAAGGAUGUCGUCAUCACCAUGGGGAUUGUGCCUGAGAACGAGCAUAUUCUCGGAUUGGAGGGCGCUGGUAUUGUUCGCCGCCUCGGGAAAAAUGUGCAUAAUGUUCGUGAGCUUGAGAUCGGGCAACGGGUCCUCGUCUUCAAGAAGGGCGCUUUUUCCAAUCGUGUUCACGCUGAGGCUGAGCGUGUGUUCCCAAUUCCGGACUCCAUGACUUUUGAGGAGACCUGUACUUUGGCAUCUUCUUACUUGACCGGCAUCCACUCUCUCUUCGACCUUGCUGAUACCAAGAAAGGUUCCAAAGUGUUGAUCCAUUCAGCAUCUGGUGGGUUGGGUUUGGCUUGUAUCCAGCUUUGCCAGUACAUUGGCGCCGAGGUCUUUGCGACAUGUGGUAAUCAUGAGAAGCGUGACUUUUUAGUUGAGCAUGCAGGUGUCCCCACCGAUCACAUCUUCAACUCUCGUGAUGCCUCUUUUGGAAUGGAUAUCAUGGCAGCUACAAACGGCUAUGGUGUUGAUACUAUCUUGAAUUCUUUGACGGGCGACCUUCUCGACGAAUCCUGGCGUUGUAUUGCCGCUGAAGGUACCAUGGUCGAGCUUGGUAAGAGAGACAUGCUUGACCGCAAGGGCCUGAGCAUGGAGCCUUUCAGCCGCAACGCUUCCUACCGAUGCUUUGACAUGGGUCACGAUGUGGUGUCUGACGCCAUGAUCAACAACUUGCUCAAGAGGCUGUUUGUUCUCCUCGAUGCUGGCCACGUCAAGCCCGUCCAUGUGGCGACGACAUUUGGAUGGGAUAACGUUUCAGGCGCGAUGCGUUACAUGCGUUCCGCAAACCAUAUUGGAAAGAUUGUCAUUACGAGUGGAGACGGGCCUGUCAAUGUGCCCGUACGUCCGAGCAGGUUGCCGCUUCAGCUCCGAGGUGACGUUAGUUAUUUUUUGAUUGGCGGACUGAAAGGUCUUUGUGGAAGCGUUGCUGUCAAUCUAGCUGGUCUUGGUGCAAAGCAUAUUGUCGUCAUGGCCCGAAGCGGCUAUGGCGACGAAGUGUCCCAGCGCGUGAUUUCGGAUCUUGCUGCUCUGGGCUGCGGUGUUACCCUUGGCCAAGGAGACGUGUCCAAGGCUGAUGAUGUUCGUCGGGUAAUUAAACAGUCUCCAGUAUCCAUUGGGGGUGUGAUUCAGGGAGCCAUGGUACUUCGGGAUCGUAUUUUCACGGAUAUGAGCAUUGAAGAGUACCAUUCCGCUGUGGAUUGUAAGGUUGCGGGAACCUGGAACAUUCACAAUGCUCUCAUUGAAGAGAACAUGAAGGUCGACUUUUUCACUAUGCUUUCAUCAAUCUCCGGUGUCGUGGGUCAAAAGGGGCAAGCUAACUAUGCUGCUGCCAACGCCUUCUUAGACGCUUUCGCGAUCUACCGCCGGAGCCUCGGCCUAGCCGGCAACUCCGUCGACCUGGGCGCUAUUCAAGAUGUCGGCUACAUGAGCCACCACGUCGACCUACUACAGAAUCUCAGCUCCGAUGCCUGGACCCCGAUUAACGAAGCUCUCAUGUUGAAGAUCGUCGGUUUCUCCAUCACGCAGCAAAUCGCGGCCAUCAGCGAGGCCAGUGCUGGCCAGCUCGUCACCUCGAUUGCCGUACCUCAGCGCGAGAGUUCCAAUCUUUUGCGCGACGCCCGGUUCAGCACUCUCAACUUCAGUGACGGCGAAGAUUUGGGCGCCAACAAGGACAGCAAGGAUGCCGGUCUUCAGGCAUUACAUCUCCUGGUUAAAAACAAGGCAGCCAUUGCCGCGAUUCAUGAUGCUAUUAUUGCUGUUGCUGUUUGUCAAUUCACCACGAUGCUGAGUUUGAGCGAGCCAAUGGAACCAGCCAAGGCUCCUUCCAGCUAUGGGUUAGAUUCACUUGCUGCAGUCGAGUUUAGAAAUUGGGUGAGGUUGGAGCUUAAGGUGGAAGUGACGACUCUAGACAUCAUUUCUGCCACAAGUCUAGAGCAGCUGGCUCAGAAGAUUGUUGCGCGUUUGACAGCUGCAUAG